AUGUACCAAGAUGGAGACCUUAUGAUUGGGGGCCUGUUUGCAUUUCAUCUUAUCACAGUUUUCCCGGAACUAAACUUUAAAAGAGAACCGGAACAGACACAUUGUGAGCGGUUCUAUAUGGCAAGUUUUCAGCAGGCACAAACUAUGGUAUAUGCCAUAAAUGAAAUCAAUAACAAUCCUAACCUGUUGCCUAACAUCACCCUCGGUUACCAUCUGUAUGACAAUUGUGUGAAGCUUGGAGUUGCAUUCAGGUCUGCAACAGCUUUGGUUAGUGGGACAGAGGAAUCCUUCAAUGUUUUGAACUGCACUGGUCCACCACCCAUCAUUGGGAUUGUGGGGGAUCCUGGAUCUACUCAUUGUAUAGCAAUCUCCAGUGUGCUGGGAUUAUUUCGAAUACCUAUGGUUAGCUACUAUGCCACAUGCUCCUGUUUAAGUGACCGGAGCAAAUACCCCUCUUUCUUCAGAACAAUUCCCAGUGAUGCUUUCCAGGUGCGGGCUAUGGUUCUGAUCUUGAAGCACUUUGGAUGGACCUGGGUUGGGCUCCUCUACAGUGAUGAUGAUUAUGGCAUCAAUGCUGCUCAAUCUUUCCAAAAGGAAGUGCAGUUGUUUGGAGGUUGUGUUUCUUUUUCUGAAAUCCUGCCACUUGAUAAUAACCACAUGGACAUCCAGCGUAUUGUACAAGUGAUUCAGGCCUCUACAGCAAUAGUGGUGGUAGUUUUUUCCACAGAAGCCUAUCUGCUUUCCUUGAUGGACGAGGUGGUUUUGCAGAAUGUAACAGGCAGGCAGUGGAUUGCAAGUGAAGCUUGGGCCACCUCUUCAGUUUUUCACACUAAGCGUCUUUUGCCUUUCCUGGGAGGCACACUGGGUAUUGCCAUAAGACGUGGAGAGAUCCAGGGACUUCGUGAUUUUCUGCUAAGCCUCCACCCAGACAGUAAUUUGAGAAAUAAUAUGGUGAAAAUCUUCUGGGAAAACAUGUUUGAGUGCAGUUUUGAUACUGUGGGUAGAAAGGGUGAAACGAUGUGUACAGGUCAAGAAGAUAUCAGGACAACAAACACACCAUAUUCUGACGUUUCAGAACUGAGGGCUUCUUAUAAUGUCUAUAAGGCAGUUUAUGCCCUGGCACAUGCUCUUCAUGACCUAAUACAGUGUGAGGAGGGGAAAGGACCAUUCAGAUGUGAUGGCAUAACAAACUUGAAACCCUGGCAGCUGGUUCACUACCUACAGAAAGUGAACUUCACCACAGGCUUUGGGGAUCAUGUGUCAUUUGAUGAGAAUGGAGAUGCUCUGGCCAUCUAUGAUGUGAUGAACUGGCACCCCAGCUCUGAUGGGUCAAUUGUUGUCCGCACAGUAGGUGUUGUAGAUGAAGGGGCAUCAACAGGGAAGGUGCUUACAUUGGAGGAAGAUGAAAUAUACUGGAACACAGCAAAAAAUAAACCUGCACGGUCUGUGUGUAGUGAGAGCUGCCCCACAGGAACCAGACGAACAAGGAGGAAGGGGCUUCCUGUCUGCUGUUUCGACUGCCUUCCAUGUGCAGACGGAGCAAUUUCUACAAUACCAGAUUCCAUUGAAUGUGUGGUGUGUCCAGAUGAGUUCUGGUCUAGCCCAAAAAAGAAUCAGUGUGUCCCCAAAGAUGUAGAGUUUCUUACUUAUGGGGAUCCUCUGGGCAUCUCUCUGACCACCGCUUCCCUGCUUGGCUCCUGCAUCUGUUCUGCUGUGGUUGUCAUUUUUGCACAUCAUCGUCACACUCCUGUAGUACGUGCUAACAAUUCAGAGCUCAGCUUCCUUCUGCUUGUGUCGCUCAAACUGUGUUUCCUGUGCGUGCUGCUGUUCAUUGGCCAGCCACAGUUGUGGACAUGUCGGUUAAGACAUGCUGUGUUUGGCAUUAGCUUUGUCCUGUGCAUCUCCAGCAUUCUGGUCAAGACUAUGGUGGUGAUAGCAGUAUUCAAGUCCUCUCGACCUGAGGGUAAAAGUGCUAUGAAAUGGUUUGGUUCACAUCAACAAAGAUGCACAGUUCUGGUCCUCACUGCACUCCAGGUUGUCAUAUGUGCAGUCUGGCUAACAAAUGCAUCCCCAAAACCUUACAAAAACAACCAGUAUACAAGCUCCAAAAUAGUAUAUGAAUGUACUAUUGGCUCAGUGGUUGGUUUUGCAAUGCUACUUGGCUAUAUUGGCAUUUUAGCAGCAGUAAGUUUUCUCUUAGCCUUCCUGGCACGAAAUUUACCAGAUCAUUUUAAUGAGGCAAAGUUCAUCACUUUUAGCAUGCUCAUCUUCUGUGCUGUAUGGAUUGCAUUUGUUCCAGCAUAUGUGAGCUCUCCAGGAAAAUAUGCAGUGGCUGUGGAGAUAUUUGCUAUUUUAGCUUCUAGUUUUGGAUUGCUGGCUGCCAUAUUUGCACCAAAAUGCUACAUUAUUAUUUUACACCCAGAAAGAAACACUAAAAAAGCCAUCAUGGGAAGAGCAACCUGA